CACGCGAAGACGCUCGCGAGUCAGAAGUACGAUGAGACAUCACUACAAACCCACACACGUGAUCUCACAGUAGCUUUACGAUGCCGCGAUUCAGUAGGAAACGCGCGUUGAGCAUACUUUUUGCGUGCGUCGUCACGAGUUCGAUUUAUUUCUACGCUUCGCACACGGGACGUUCGAAAAUCUCGAUAGCAGUCGACGACAUCGCGAAACGUGCGAGUGCGCUCCAUUCGCCACGCUCGCGAGAUGUGGAAAGCUUACGCAGCGUCUCUCGUCGCGCGAGCCCGGUUGCGAGUUUUGACUUUGAGUUCGCCGAGUUGAAGUUUCAAAGAGUCGUCGACGCGAGCGCCGUCGGCGACGCCGCUUCAACCACGCCGGCGUCUAUAUCGUGCGACUCCGCUAUUAACGACUCCGCGCGAGUCUUGACGGAUGAUUUCAGCGAAAUCCUGGCGUGGGCAUCGGCGGUGCGGCGCGAGUCGAAACUAGUGCAUCUGGUGAAGUCAGCGACGCCGAGGGUGUUCGUCACCGGCUUGCUACACAACAGCUGCGUGCUCAUGCACCACUACGUCGUCGAGGUGUUGAAGUUUAUUCUCCUGUACGGCAACGAUGAAGGUUUUGAGAAUGUCUUCGUAUCCCUGUACUCGAGCGGCGACGGUGACUGCGCGGUGUUGACGCUCGAAGCGUUCAAAGAACUUUUAGACGCCAUCGGCGUUCCAAACGUCAUCAAGACUCGGCAACGCGAGCGUAUUCCUGGCAUGGCGCGCAUCGACUUUUUGCAAAGCAUUCGAAACGCGGCGAUGGAACCUUUAUAUUUGAGUGAUACACCGUACGACGAAGUCGUGUUUCUUUCUGACGCAUUCUUUUGCGCCGGAGACAUUGUGCGCUUGCUACGUCACACCGAAGCGAGCAUCAAGUGUGGAUUAGAUUUUGAUGGUACCACGAACGCGAUGAAGUUUCGAGACACGUGGGUCGCGCACGACAUGAGUGGACGCAUGUUCACCAAAGAGUUCCCGUUUGUGCACGACGUCGUCUCGUCGCACGCCUUGAACGGCGGGGCACCUUUCCAGGUUUUGUGCUGCUGGAAUGGCCUACUGACCUUGCGUGCAAAAGUAUUUACUGAUCUCGGCGUGCGGUUUAGACGCUCUUUAGACGAUACAGAGUGUCACGCCGCGGAAACCGAGCUCAUUUGUCACGAUUUUGCGGCGCUUGGACACCCGAAGAUGUUGGUUGAUCCGCAAGUGACGGUGACGUAUACAAAGGCGGAGUACGUCGCGCUGAGUAAUUCGCGCUCGAGCCCGCACUCGUAUUCUUUGAGGCGCACAAACAUGUUCUCGAAUGAGUCGAUCGCUACGGUGGAGACGUGGGCAGAGCGCCCGUCGAGCACGGAAUGUGCCCCACUCGAUGGGCACGCGGGCGAUCAUCCAGACAGAGGACGAAUUCGACACGUCGAUUGGAACGCGCACUACGCCGAAAUGGGUGUUCCUGUUGCAUCGGAGAAGAAGAUUACGAGUUUACACGCCUGUGACGGUCCUUCGGCGAGCCAGUGCGUGCUGAGUGGUGGUAAACGCGCAUUUGUUUCGCGCGACGCGAUGAGUAGAUGAAUAAAACAUUCAGAUUUGCUGGCAGCGGUGAUUGGAACGCUUGCAGUAUGACUUUCGUUUGACGUGA